CCGCCUCGAAGUUUGUCGGCUGGCGGAGCUGGUCGCGCUGUCGCUGCCCCGGUCCCCUCCCGUGGGGCUGGUCCCGGCUCUGCGCCCACCCUGCCUCCGCUUCUCUGCGCCGGGUCCGGUCCGGUUCCUUCGCCGCGCGCCCCGGUAUGAGCGGCGGGGCGGGGAUGGCGGGGCGUGGGCGGUGGCGGCGCCGCCGCCGCUGAGGGGGCUCGACGUGGGGGGGAGCGGGGAGGACGGCGCCAUGCGGUCCCUGAACAUCACCCCGGAGCAGUUCGCGCAGCUCCUGCGGGACAACAACGUGACGCGGGAGCAGUUCAUCGCCCUCUACGGGCUGCAGCCGCUGGUGUACAUCCCGGAGCUGCCGGGGCGCACCAAGGUAGCCUUCGUCCUCAUCUGCGUGCUCAUCUUCGCCCUGGCGCUCUUCGGCAACUGCCUGGUGCUCUACGUGGUGACCCGCAGCAAAGCCAUGAGGACCGUCACCAACAUCUUCAUCUGCUCCCUGGCGCUCAGCGACCUCCUCAUCGCCUUCUUCUGCGUCCCCUUCACCAUGCUGCAGAACAUCUCCUCCAACUGGCUCGGAGGUGCCUUCGCUUGCAAGAUGGUACCGUUUGUUCAAUCCACUGCUAUUGUAACUGAGAUUCUUACAAUGACCUGCAUUGCUGUGGAAAGACACCAGGGAAUUGUGCAUCCACUAAAAAUGAAAUGGCAGUACACCAAUAAAAGAGCUUUCACGAUGCUUGGUAUAGUCUGGUUGCUGGCAGUUAUUGUUGGGUCACCUAUGUGGCAUGUGCAACGGCUUGAGGUUAAAUAUGACUUUCUGUAUGAAAAAGUGUAUGUUUGUUGCUUGGAAGAAUGGGCCAGUCCGAUUUAUCAGAAGAUAUAUACGACCUUUAUUCUUGUUAUACUCUUCCUUCUUCCGUUGAUGUUGAUGCUUUUUUUGUACACUAAAAUUGGCUAUGAACUCUGGAUUAAGAAACGAGUGGGAGAUGCUUCAGUUCUUCAAACCAUUCAUGGGAGUGAAAUGUCAAAAAUAUCAAGGAAGAAGAAGCGAGCAAUUGUUAUGAUGGUCACAGUGGUGUUUCUCUUUGCAGUCUGUUGGGCCCCUUUCCAUGUGAUUCACAUGAUGAUAGAAUACAGUAAUUUUGAAAAGGAGUAUGAUGAUGUGACAGUCAAAAUGAUCUUUGCAAUUGUCCAGAUUAUUGGAUUCUUCAAUUCCAUUUGCAACCCUAUUGUGUAUGCCUUCAUGAACGAAAACUUCAAGAAAAAUUUUUUGUCUGCCAUCUGCUUCUGCAUUGUCAAAGAAAAUGCAUCACCAACCAGGCAACUUGGGAACUCGGGGAUUACUAUGAGGCGGCAAAAGGCAAGCGUUUCUCAAAGAGAUCCCAUUGACUCGGACGAAGCCAGGAGGGAGGCAUUCAGCGAUGGCAACAUUGAAGUCAAGUUCUGUGAUCAGCCAUCUUCAAAAAGGAAUUUGAAAAGGCACCUUGCUUUAUUCAGCUCUGAGCUUACUGUGCAUUCUGCAUUAGGAAAUGAACAGUAGCAUCACAAAGGUUUUGAGAAUGGGAAAAACAUUCUCUUUUAUGAUAACUUUGAAUAAGCCAUUUAAAAUAGUUUUCUACUUUGCUUGCUGAAAUGAGGGGGAAAAUAUUUUGUGAAUUAUUAUAAUGUUGGAUUAACGGUUGAGAAAAUGUAAUAUAUUUUAUUAAGGAUGAGGAGCGAAACUUUGGAAAACAAUAUUAUUGUAUGAUUUCCAGGGGGGAAAAAAAAUAAAAUUAUUUCCUAGAUAAUUUAGGGCUUGUUUGCCCUCUGCCUUAGGUAAACCGAACAACUGUUGCUUUCUCUGUUUAUUCAAUAUCUGGAUGCUGGUACACUGUUGGACCAUACACAGCUGAAUGCCUGAAGACAGGAACUAUGGAGAGAGUGCACGCUUUUUUUUUUGGGACAACUUGGAAAUCUGACGGGUCUAAUAUUGUAACAUCUGCUCUCUGUAGCUCUGAGGACCGAGGAGCUUCAGAUCUUCUGAGUUCAGGAAAAAUGCAGACUGAGAUGCAAUUCUAUUUCGGGGGGGGGGAAAGAAAGAGCCAUACAUGAAAGAGCCAGCCAGAAAUUGACUCUGAAGAGAUUAAGAUUUCAACAUUGCAUGCAUGUUCAGAUUUUGUUACCAGGAAGCAUAUUAGAAAUUAACAAUGCAUGCAUAAUUAAUGUGCUGGUUUUACAGGUUAACUCCUAGGUACAAAUUUAAAUGCCAGUGUACUGCCCUAUAAAAUGCAUUGUUCUACUGAAAAAUGUAGAAGCUGAAAAAGUUCUGCACAAGACUGGGCAGAUGCUGGAGGUGUAGUCUAUAGAGCAAGUACUGAGUUUAAUUUAACAGUCAUCCUUGGAUAUAUGACUUACGGGUUGAAAGUGCGGUGUUGCCAUUUUCUGGAGGGAUACAAGGGCCAGAUCCAGAGCCUGCUGGGACUCUACAGAAGACUUUCAAUUCAAUAUCACCGUCUUUUGACCAGACGCUUUUCUGAAGACAUGGACAAAUUUUUCUGUCUCUCCAUCAUCUUCAAGGUGGAUUUAUUACUGUCUAAGAUCAGGGCCAGUGUUGGGUUUUGUUUUUUUUUUUUUUUUAGGCUUCACAGUAAAUUACAGGGUUGAAAUCCAUAUAAACUCGAAAAAUUUUUGCUCUUAGUAGGUCAAACUGAAAAAUCGUAAAAGGAUGCUUAUAAAUGUGGGACUGGGGAAAAAGUGUGAUCUAGAACGGUACUCUGUGAUCUGAGCCCAUACACGAGGCUUUGAAAUGCGUAAUGUGCAACUCCAGCUGAGGCUAGGUUGGAUCCUUUAACAGUCUGUGAAAUGUCGGUGCUCUCUUCUUGCCUCACCUGCAGGGCCUUGGUGCUCCCUUGGCAGUAAAUUUUAGGAUUCGUUUACAUUGCUGCUUUACGCUUCAUUGUAAAUGAGAACUUAGUCUAAAUUGUCUUAGUAUAAGUUGGAAGUAAUCUCAUUCUUCUUUAAUGUUUACAAAUUUCCAUUGGAUAAGGCAUUCUGAUGCUCAUUUGUGACGUACUCUUUCUUUACAUAUAUAUUAUUUGUAUUGUAUGUGAUAUGCUCCCAUGCAAUGACAGGGGAAGAUUCCUGACUUGUCCUGACAGCGAGGAAUUAAGAGCACUCCUAUCUACAUAAACGUUAUGUAUUAGAUAAAAUAACAAUUUUGGAGAGCUGUGUCUGGGUAAAACAACACGAGUGAGAUCAGGUUCUGCUUUAGACAAUCGUGCAGACGUGGUUCUGUGCAUUACCUUUGAAAAAUGCCGUAAGCAACAGCAACAAUAUUUGCCUGCCAUUACAACUGUGACUUCCUUUGAAGACUAUUUCUGUCUUAGCUUGUCUUUCAUUUUUGUAGACAGGAGUCUUGAACUAAAAGUUUUCUGCCCUGAAGAACAGGGGCUGGCGGUGGUUUAUUAUCUUAGUUUUAUUCAGUUGGUGUGAAGUUUAUCUGUCUGGUGAUGAGAACACUGUGUUUUGACAGAUCCUGUAACUGAAAAACAAUUUAUUUAAGUGUUUUAUUUAUUUGCACUGCUAACUUCAGUGACAUAUUUCAACAAAUAUUUAACAAGAACUUCCAAGUAUUUGAUGGUUUUGUUUUGUCUUAUCUGUUUCUUCUAUUGUCUCAUAAAAUGUUAUGUCAAUGAGUAACUGCUGUAGUAUUGUGUUAAUUUUUUCAUUAAAAUUCCUUUUUGGCAUUGCUGGGGGUGUUUUGCACUGGGACCAUCUGCUAUAAAUUUCAUUCUUUGAGUCUGUCUUUGCUUAAAGAUUAAUGUAAGCUUAUAUGUGCUUUUUAGUGAUUAAAUUCCAGUUCUGUUACAAGCACCAGCUGUUAACUGUAAUCCUGAGAUGC